CGAAUGCACUCACGGCGGCAACGCCAGCGCGCGUGACGCCGCCGCCGCCGCGCUAAAAAUAUACAAUCGCGCUUGGACGAGGCGUUUCGGUACCGCGCGCGCACAUCGAUCAUUUGCCGCCGCCGCGCUACCGUUUUCGCCGUCGACGGCGCGGCCGCCGCUUGCAGUGCGACGACGAGUUGUGUGCAUAAUAAUAAUAAUAAUAAUAAUAAUAAUAUCUAUAGACGGCGAAAGAGAAUCUCUCGAUCAGACACGGCUCGAAGAAAAGAGCCGAAUUCGAGAAGAUCCGCUGCGUCGACUGGUGGACACAUACGCUGACAAACGGAAAUCGGCGCGUCGGACGGGCGAUUAGCGGUGGUGCAACAGGAGACGACGGCGGCGGGAAACGGACAUGUUAUGCGGCCCGGUAGUCGGGUCGGCGGUGCAGCAGACGAGUGUUCGUCUUCUUCGUCGUUAAUAACGUCAUGUACGCGUCAUCGUCUGCCGACAAGUACGGCACCGGCAGGACCGCGACCGCCAAGACGUACCAUCACCAUCACCUCCAUCACCUGCACCAUCACCACGUCGGUACGUCGUCGUCGUCUUCGUCGUCGUAUGCGUUGUCGUCCGAGCUGAGCGCCGAUCGGCGGUCCAGGGCAUAUAGCAGCGCGCCCAGACAGGUGACGCCGGUCCGAUCAACCGCGGCCGCGUCGUCCCGGUUGACGGACAUCAACGGUAACAUCCGGUCACUGAGCCUGAGCAAGAGCCUGUCGCCGGCGUCUUCAUACUCUGCGGCCAACGGAGGUGGAUCGGGGACACUAGGUUCUGGUCGUGGAGAAUUUGGUGGAAAGACCGCUGGUUCAGCCACACUGCUGCAGCUAGGCAACGACAAUAAACGGUAUGACGCAACGAAAAAACGUUUGGACGCGUUCUACAACAGCAGAUCGCCGUCGUCGUUGCUGAACAAAUCAUACAAUUACAAAGCUGGCAACUUGUCCUACUUCGAAAAGUACAACAAACAGCAGCAGCAAGACUCUCCUCCACCCAACGAACCAUUACAGCAAUCCAGAUAUGUCAACAUGAACAGAACAAAUUACGGCGCCAACACGGACAACGGAGUGCUGCACCCGGAAUCGUCUUCGUCGGCGUACAGGUCGGUGUCCGAUUCGAAAAAGGGGGUGGUCGGCAUUAGGAACAUAGGAAACACGUGCUACAUGAACUCUGUGCUGCAGUGUCUGAGCAACACCAAGAGCCUGACAGACAGCGUUCUGGACGACGUGGACGGGGCCGACGGUAAGUUGAUCCGGGUGUACCGAGACCUCUUGUCCCGAAUCUGGACCGCCUCCGACAGCCAUCCGGUGGACACCACCGCGUUCAAAUCGGCUUUCCAGCGGCUGUCCCCGCGGUUUGCCGGCUACGAGCAGCAAGACGCCCAGGAGUUCCUGCGACUGUUGCUCGACCGACUGCAUAUGGACGUUAACAGGGUGAAGGUCAAGCCCCGGGCCAUGCCGGACGUGGACGAAACGCUCAAGGACAACGCGCUGGCUGCUGAGUUCUGGCAGAGGUACCUGGUCACGGACAACAGUACCGUGGUCGACCUGUUCGCCGGACAGCUCAAGUCUACGCUUGAGUGUUCCUCGUGUGGCCACAAGAGUAUCACGUUUGAGGUGUUUUGGGAUGUGUCGCUGCCAUUGCCAUCCAGCGGCUCGACUAACAUAGUGUCCAUCAACGACCUGCUGCACAAUUUCACGCAGGAAGAGGUGUUGGACUUCCGCGAACGGCCUCGGUGUAGCGUUUGCAAGGUGGACAGGAAGAUGUUCAAAUCGUACCGGUUUCAACGAUUGCCCAGGUACCUAGUGCUGCAUCUGAAGCGUUUCCAAGGAACGCAGUCAUACAAGAAAAUUACGUCGCUGGUGGCGUUCCCGUCCGUGUCUCUGGACAUGAGCCCAUACGUAUCCGGCACGGCCCGGAGCAUACAACCGCACGCCUGCAAGUACAACCUAUAUGCGGUGUCCAACCACACGGGCACGCCGAUCGCCGGACACUAUACCGCCAUGUGCAAGCACCCAGUCACUGGCGACUGGAACUUCUUCAACGACAGCUCCGUCUCACGGAUCACGUCGUCCGCGAAACUCAUAAGCAACGAGGCGUAUAUACUGUUUUACGAGGCCGCGAAUUAUUAAUUAGCCGAUGAAAUCAGGUUUAUGAAUUGUUAUUUUUAUUUAAUUUUUUUUUUUUGAUAUCCGUCCAUGGAUCGAGGGUUGACAUGAAACUAUACAUAAUACAUAUUAUAUUAUGUAUACCAACAGAUACCUAUAUCAUAUUAUUAUAACUGCUGUCGCGUACGACGUUUCAACUUUAUAUACGACACUAUGCAAUACCUCUACAGUCUACACUAUACUUGCAUAUUAUCUAUAAAUAUAUAAUAUAUACAUAUAUAUAUACAUGAUAUAGUGUAUAAUAAUAUAAAAUUAUUAUUUACCUAUGUGUAAUUGGUGGCAGCAGUACUUAUAUGCACGACUAGUCAAAUACCUAUAUCAGGGAAUGUGGUGGGAGGGGGACACGAGAGGGGAAAGGUUUACCAAGGUUUACCAAGGUUUUAUUAUAAUAGGUAACUAUGUAUAAUAUAUAGUAUAUAGAUAUAAUAGCUAAUAACCAUAUAGGUAAAAUAGGUGUACCGUGUACCUACAACACACGUUUUAUUAUCACGUUAGACUAUAAAUUAAAAUCUAACGUGAUACAUUAUAAUGUAUUUUAUUACAUUUAUAGUGCAUUAGUAUUUAGUACAUUAUAAUGUAAAUGCAUAAAAAUGCACGAGUACAUACCUACUACAUAAGUAAUGUAGGUAUUGAAUAAUCAGGGUACGCCGAGAUAAAAUAUUAUGUAACAUUCAUGUCUUGCGAAUCACUAAUGUCGGUCGAGUAUAGUGUAUAUUGUUGCAACUACAGGAUUGAAUUUCUGGGGGGAUAAGGGGGGGCUAUAGACUAUAGUCCCAAAAAAACACUAAUCCAUGCAAUGUAAUAAUGAAAUAGGUAUACAUAAAAAAUUUCUCAUAAAAUCUUUAAGAUCAUAAAUGUUUGUAAUGAUUGUAAUGGGUGAAGGGGGAGGGCGGCUCCAUUAGUUGCGCUAAUAAUCAAUAUUUUGUUAUGGUAUUGUAUGGGAAUCGUAAUAAUCCUCGUAUGAUUCAUGAGCUCAGUUAGUUAUGUACCUACAAAUUAAAAUUAAUCAUAUAAUAUAUUAAUUAACAUUGGUAAAACUAUGGUUUAAAAAACAAUAAUUGUAGAUCAGUGGUUGAUUAAUAAGUUUGAUAGGUACUAUAUGAUAUAAUAUAUCACAUAAUCAGUAAUCAAAAUUGAAUUUUCAAUUGGCAAUUGCAAUAAAAUAAAAUUGUGAACCUAAAAUAUUUGCAUCUUAACGAAUUGAUCAUUAUAAAAUUUUUUAUUUUUUGUCUUAAAAUUUAUUUUCUAGGGACAUUUGACUAUAAUAUAGUUUAUAUUCUGCUGAUGUUUUUUAAUAGCUUAAAAAGUCAUAUAAGUCUUUUACCUAAAAUUAAAAUUCAUUAUUUAGAAAUCUUUUACUGUACAUUCUACCUAGCCUGACAUUGAUACUAUUUUAUAAUAUGUUAUUAAAAUGUUCAACAAAUAUUUUUUUUUCUUCUUCACUUAUACCUUCCGUUUCAAAAAUACAUUAAGGUACAAUUAAUAAAGCCUAUAAAAUGGUAAACACUAAAUAGUGAUAUGUAACUAAUUUUAAAAACAGUUUUUUUUAUUUUUACCCAUAACUUACAAUUUGUUUAAUUUUUUCCUGUGUACUUAUUUUUAAAUUAACAACAAAUUUAAUUUUGUUCUGCUUGGAUAAAAUGAUUAAUAUUAUUGGCAAUUUAUAUGAUAUAAGAUAUCUGUUAAACUUUACAUAGGGUUACCUUAGUUUAUACGAAUACAAUAUGUAAUAAAUAUAAUGUAUGUAUAUAAUAUUAUAUUGACAGUUUUAUUUAUACAAUUUUAUCAAAAGUUAACUUUGUUUUGCACUAAUUAAAAGUUUUUUCCUACAAUUUAUGUAAAAAGUUAAAAUUAUUAAUGGAGACUUACUACUUUUAUCAUAUUAGUGUCUAUAAUUAUGUACAUAUGAUUUAUAAACAUUUGUUAUUUUUCUUGUUCCUUAGUAACUUAUUAAAACAGUUUAUUUAUUGUUGA